CAAACUCUCCUAAUUGCCUUCUCAUUCUCCCUGAACGCUCAAAGGAAAGCAAACCACAAUUCUCUUGUCUAGAAUUUGCAAUGCCAGCAUCAGCCAUGGGGAAAAGUAACAACAACCCUCGUGCCUAUGGUCGCCAAAGCUGCACCAAGCAGUUUUGGAAGGCUGGGGAAUACGAAGGAGCUCCUCGCAACACCCGCAGACAAAUGGAUUCUUCUUCCACUAGUGGAUUCGAUCACGCCAGGAUGCACCCCAAGUUUCUGCACUCCAAUGCAACGAGUCACAAGUGGGCUCUUGGAGCUUUCGCGGAGCUUUUAGACAAUGCACUGGACGAGGUGCACAGCGGUGCUACCUAUGUCAAUGUAGACGUGCUUGACAACAAGAAAGACGGAAGCAAAAUGCUCCUGGUUGAAGACAAUGGCGGUGGGAUGGACCCGGAGAAGAUGAGGAAGUGCAUGUCAUUGGGGUAUUCAGAGAAAAGCAAGAUGGCAGACACCAUUGGACAGUACGGAAACGGUUUCAAAACAAGUACCAUGAGGCUAGGGGCUGACGUCAUCGUCUUCUCUCGUAGUGACAGAACUCAGAGCAUAGGGUUGUUGUCUUACACUUUCUUGAGGAGCACGGCAAAGGAGGAUAUUGUAGUUCCCAUACUGGACUACGAGAGAAGACGAAGGAAUGAAACUUGGGGCAAGAUGUUCCGAUCCUCGAGCGAAAACUGGGACAAAAGUUUGGAGACAAUACUUGAGUGGUCGCCGUUUGAGAGUGAACGAGACUUGGAUCAUCAAUUUUAUAUGAUGAAGCAGCACGGCACCCGAAUAAUCAUAUACAACCUUUGGGAGGACGAUGAAGGAAACUUGGAGCUUGACUUGGACACUGAAGCUCAUGAUAUUCAAAUGCGAGGCGUGAACCGGGAUGAGAAGAACAUACAAAUGGCUGAACAGUAUCCAAACUCUCGUCAUUUUUUGACCUACCGCCACUCGUUGAGGAGUUAUGCAGCAAUUCUCUACUUGCGGCUUCCCACUAACUUUCGAAUCAUUCUUCGCGGCAAGGAUGUUGAGCAUCACAACAUUUUGAAUGAUUUGAUGUGGUCCGAGCAGAUUACGUAUAGGCCUAAGCCUAUCGAAAAGGAGGAGACAUAUAUAGCGAAGAAAACCAAGAAGGAAAAGAAGGAUACAAAUAUGGUUGCUGAGGUCACUCUUGGGUUUGUGAAAGACGCAAAAAACCAUCUUGAUGUUCAAGGGUUCAAUGUAUAUCACAGGAAUAGGCUGAUCACGCCAUUUUGGAGGGUGUGGAAUGCUGCAGGAAGCGAUGGCCGCGGUGUUAUAGGUGUUAUAGAAGCUGAUUAUAUCAACCCAGCUCAUGAUAAGCAGGGGUUUGAGCAUACCUUACUUCUUGACAGACUCAAGCAAAAGUUGGUAGAAACGCAAAAGGCAUACUGGUCUACCAAUUGUCACAAAAUUGGCUAUGCUCCACGCCGCAAUGUCAGGGCUAUUUAUGAAGAGAGGGAAGCUGCUAAGUCAGGUAGCCAAAGACCAGUUUUAGAUUCAAAUCCAGACAAGUCCUCUUCACGCAAGACACCGGUUUUAGAUUCAAAUCCAGAUGAGUCCCCUUCAAGCAAGAGACCAGUUUUAGAUUCAAAUCGAGACGAGACCUCUUCACGAAAGAGACCAGUUUUAGAUUCAAAUCUAGACAAGUCCUCUUCACGCAAGAGAUCACUUCCAGAUUUGAAUACAAAUGAAGCCAAAUCCCCCCCACACAAAAGUCAGAAAGUUUCUUCAGACAAAUCUCCCAAUGCGAAUGCGGAUAUGCACAAGAAAAAUAAAGAUUAA